CGAAGAAGGCGGUUCGCAUGCAAUGCUGAAGUAGUAUGUUUUAGAAGAUGGCCGUUACUCUACACACAGAUCUGGGUGAUCUCAAGAUAGAGUUGUUUUGUGAGAAGGCCCCGAAAAGCUGUGAAAAUUUUAUUGCACUGUGCGCUAGUGGGUUUUACAAUGGAUGUAUUUUUCAUCGAAACAUAAAGGGCUUUAUGGUCCAGACCGGAGACCCAACAGGGACAGGCAAAGGAGGGACCAGUAUUUGGGGAAGAAAGUUUGAAGAUGAAUUCAGUGAACAUCUGAAGCACAAUGUCCGGGGGGUGGUGGCCAUGGCCAACAAUGGACCAAACACAAAUGCAUCACAGUUCUACUUCACAUAUGCAAAACAGCCUCACCUGGACAUGAAGUACACAGUUUUUGGAAAAAUUAUAGAUGGAUUAGAUACUCUGGAUGAACUAGAGAAACUCCCUGUGAAUGAAAAGACCUUUCGUCCCCUUAACGAUGUCCGUAUUAAGGAUAUUACUAUUCAUGCCAACCCAUUUGCUGGUUGAUUGAUUUCAUUGUGAAACAUUCAUAAAGCCUUGUUUUGUAAAUAGAAAUUUUUGCUGUUGUUUUCAGUUUCGCUUUUCCCAUAAUAUU